UCAUCUCUCCGCAUCCGGCGCCGCUUCAUCGGUUGGAGCUGAGCAUGGGCGAUCACCACCUCCACAGCCCGCCUCCUUCGCCGGACGUGGACUACAUCAGCAAUCUCCACGAUUCCCUUCUCCUCCACAUCCUCUGCUUCCUCUCCACCCACGACUCCGUCCGCACCUCCGUCCUCGCCCGCCGAUGGCGCAGCCUGUGGGCCUCCGUCCCCACCAUCGUCUUUGAUUACUAUGAUUUCCAUCCGGAGGCGGUGUCGAGAGCCGACGAGAUUAUCCAUCAAUUCGUCGCCUCCCGCAGAAACUCUUCCGCCGUUUUUUCUCUUUCUAUCAACUUGAGCCAUGUAUGCCCUGGUGCCUGGAUCGACUAUGCCAAAUCCCAUGGUGUUCAAUCGGUGGCCCUCUGCCUAUGCUAUUAUCCUCUGCAAAGUCCUAUAUUCGACACUCUGUUCAACUGUCCAUCGCUCGUGGUACUAAAUUUACAAUUCGACGAAGAUUGGCCUCGGGUUGACAUUCCUCCCGAAUGCAUCGCCUUGAGCAAUCUCAAGACGCUUUCCCUUACACUUGGGGUAUUCUCGGAGGAGUCCAUGAGAAUGCUGCUCGCUUGCUGUCUUAACCUACAAGAUCUGAGGUUGGAUUUAACAGAAUGUUAUGAUGCCGCUAUCGAAAUUGCCUUACCGAAGCUUCGCACUUUGCUCCUUACAAGCACUCUGAGCAAGACGCAUAUCAAUUGUCCGAUUCUUGAAUCUUUAUGCAUUGGAGGCAGUUCUUUUCUUGAAGAGUUUCAUGCCUACGUGCCGUCUCUGUUCUAUCUUCAUUUUGGUCCACUUCGAUGGUGCCAUCCAUUAUUUUCGAGUCUAUGCAAUGCGGCAGAGCUAGGCAUAUCUCUUGUAAGUCUUCCUGCUGAUCUGGAGGAGCAUUUGUCUAUUAUAGAAAGCUUUAAAUUCUUUCAUAAAAUACAGAAAUUUAAGGUCCAUUUGCAUCUUCGUUAUGAGUUUACCAUGCAAUUGCUCUUUCUUUUUCUCCUAGAGAUUCCAGAUCUCCAUACACUCCAUUUAAUGGACGAAACAUAUGAAGAGGAGCCAUUUUCGCCAUUUUCACUUAUAGAUGAUGGUUGGAGAGAGUUCUUACAAAUUAUGCCCUCCAGGAGCUUCAAUAACCUCAAAUUAGUUUUGGUCCAAAUUCAAUCUGAAAGCGCUCGAUCAACAAUCUUGGAGAUGCUAUCUGAGAAAGUUCAAGAAUGGGACAGAGUAGUUGUAAGGUACAUUGCGUGGAAAGUAAAAGAAUUACGUCAAGUUCAGCAAGUGAAAUUCAAUCAUCAAAUUUGAAGGACAAAUUACAUUAAAUGAUUAAGUUGAAACAUUUUAUAGAUUUUUAUUCUGGAACUUUUACAAAGGGAAAAACAAAGGCUCAUUCAGAAAUUAUACUACACGAAAAACAUAUCAGUGUUAUGAGAAGUAGCCUCUUGGCAUUAUUCCUCAGCAUACUAGAAAUUCGACAUCUUUGGGGAUUACUUGUGAACAUAUUUGAGAAUUGAGAUUCAUAAGAAGAGACAUUCAAAUCCUCCAACGUGGUUGUGUCCUUCACAAUCAAAGAUGUAGCUUUAUUGCUUGGAAUCCCAAAUAGAGGCAAAUAUGUUGACAUGGAUUCCAAUGUUGCUUCUGA